CGAGCUACCUGCCCCGGGCGCCGGCACCGCCCCGCCCCGCCCGCGCUAUGCUGCUGCUGCUGGCGGCCGCGCUGCUCGUGGCCUUCGUGCUGCUGCUCUACAUGGUGUCGCCGCUCAUCAGCCCCAAGCCGCUCAAGCUGCCCGGCGCCCAUGUCGUGGUAACUGGGGGUUCCAGUGGAAUUGGAAAAUGUGUUGCUAUUGAAUGCUAUAAGCAGGGUGCAUUUAUAACUCUCAUUGCAAGAAAUGAGAACAAGCUGUUGCAGACAAAGAAAGAAAUAGAAAAAUACUCUGUAAAUGACAAACAGGUUGUGCUUUGUAUAUCUGUUGAUGUGUCUAAAGACUAUGGACAUGUGGAGAACGUCCUGAAACAAGCUCAGGAGAAAUUGGGACCAGUUGACAUGCUUGUUAACUGUGCUGGAACUUCAAUUACAGGAAAAUUUGAAGAUCUUGAAAUGAAUUGUUUUGAAAACUUAAUGGCCGUCAACUACCUGGGUAGUGUUUACCCAAGCCGUGCAGUAAUUCCUACCAUGAAGGAAAGAAGGAUGGGAAGGAUUGUGUUUGUAUCAUCUCAAGCUGGACAGCUGGGGCUGUUUGGUUACACAGCUUAUUCUCCAACAAAGUUCGCUCUUCGAGGAUUGGCUGAAGCGCUGCAAAUGGAGGUAAAGCCUUAUAACAUCUACAUAACAGUUGCCUAUCCUCCUGACACUGACACACCUGGCUUUGCAGAAGAAAGUAAAACCAAGCCUCUAGAGACCAAACUAAUUUCGGAAACGUCAUCUGUGUGCCAAGCAGAACAGGUGGCCAGAAUUAUUGUCAAAGAUGCCAUACAAGGGAAUUUUAACAGUUCUGUUGGUUCAGAUGGUUACAUGCUGUCAAUACUGACCAGUGGAAUGUCACCAGUAACUUCCAUUACUGAAGGGCUUCAGCAGAUGGUUUGCAUGGGCAUUUUUCGCAUUGUUGGUUUGUUUUACCUAGGAAGUUUUGAUAGCAUAGUUCGUCGCUGCAUGAUACAAAGGGAAAAAUCUGAAAGCACAGAUAAAACUGAAUAACUUUCCUUGAAUCAGAAGGUCACAUAAUAUUGGACAGCUUGCUGCUAAAUUGGACUGAAUUUCUUACCUGAAGACUAGAAUAAAGGCAUUUGGAUAUGUGAUGGAUGAGUUCGUGUGAAAAGCAAAUAAAAGAAAACAAAAGUACAACCCCAGAAAAUGCCAAACUAUGCAAAAGUAUGAAAGAGAACUAGAUUUUAAAGAUUUUUUUUUUCAGUGGUUUAAAUUGCAGUAAUGUUUGAGGUUUGUUCAAGAAGAGUAGAAUUUCAUAGUGAGGUAUUGCUGGUAAUUCUGGACAAAUACUUCGGUUUUCUUAUUUUGGUGGUGCUUACAGGUAAGAAUGAAUACCAUGACGCGCUCAACUGAAGAAGUUUUGAACUCCCCUUGCUAACUGGGACUUCCAAGACCACAUUUUAAUUUGAAUGAUAACUUUUUCUCAUUGACAGUAAGUCUGAAGAUCUGUCUGUCAGUAAUGGCUUCUUUUGCUAUAUUCAUCGUGCACCAUUAUGAUGGGUAUGGGAACCUUAAAUGGUGGAAAUUCUUGUAUGAUCCAAGCCUUCUCAGUGUGGGACUAGUUAAGAGGUAUGCUAUACUGAUGCAUACUCUCUAAAGGGAGAUGAAGAACCCAUUUCCUACAGAGAAACGCUAGGAGAUACAAUUUUUUCUGGCUUCCUGAUAUAUAGCGUCUUAAAAAUAGAAAAUCAAAUCAUUAGUACAUAAGUGUUUAAAAUGGCCGUGAAAGUCAUAAUUGUUUGAAUACUUAUAAUCUUCUAAUUUAUUCCCUUUCCUUUUGUUUUGCCAGUUUUGCUCUGGAGAGGAAGGUAGCUUCCGAUGCUGUCAUUGUGCACAUUUUUAAAAAGACUGCAAACAAUGAGCCAAAUGAUGAUAGAAUUGGUUGUAAUUAAAGUGUAAAAAUAGCAGAUACUCUUCCAGUAGCAGGAAUGUAGCUUUCACAGUGUCAAAGUGGUAUUCCAGGUUAAUUGUUAUUCCUGGAUAUGAAUACACUCUUUUUUUUAGGAUGGCAAGGUCUGGUUUAAAAGUACUCUCUCUCUGUUUUAGCUGUUGCUAUAUGUACAUUGUAAUGAGUCAAUUUUGUUCUACAUCUGUACCAGAGGACAGUGAAUACAACAGUAUCUUCUAACAAUUUAAAGUUUCUAACAUUGAAAAUGCUUUGUUUAUAACAAUGAUGGUAUAAAGAGGGUGCAGUAUAUACUGUUCAUUUAAUGGACGAUUACAGUAAGUGCCUAUGAUGAGUCUUUUUGCAAAAGCUGCAUCCUUCUUAUUUGUUAGCACUGCUACAUCUUAGAUGUCAGAUUUUCCAUGAUCAAUCAGAAGUCUAAAUUUAAAACUGCUAGUAAAAUUUGGUAUUUGCACUUGACAAGAAAUGGUUUUCUAACCAGAUAUUUGACAAAAUUGCUGCUGUUUUUAAUGAGAGAGCAUUUGCAUAAUUUUAAACCCUCUUCCUAAAGAAUUGUUUAAUGGGAUGCUGUAGGAUAAUUUUGUAUUUUGAUCAUUAAUUGUGGAAGAACUUCAAAUGUAACAGCAAAGCUUUUCCUCCACCCAGUGUAAUUGAUCCAUUUUUACUUUUGGUUUUUUUUGCACUGGCACAGUUCAUUUUACAAGGUUCAUUUUACAAAUACAUAGAAGAAAAUUCAUACUGGCCGGCAAAACAUUUUAAACCAUUUCACUCUCCUUGGGAUGUAGAUUAGGUUUUGUGAGAUGUUUACAAAACCUAAAGUUUGGGUCCCUGCCAACUAGUGUCUCUAAAUAAAUAUGUUUGAAGUUGUGCAUGCCUCUAAUCAUAUGAUUAGUUUUGAGAAUAGUAAGUGUUGUUGCAUUUCUAAACAGCUGAGUUUCUUACAGCAGAAUAAUCUGUUCUGCAUAUACAUUAACUAUCUUAUGCUGCUUAAUACAGAUUGCAUAUUACAAAGCAUUUAGGAUAACCUCUGUGAUCGAUGUCUCCAUGGUUAUUCAAAGCCAACACAGCUAUGCUGUUAGGAUCCUAUGAUCUCUCUUAUUAAUGUGUAGGUUUCAGAUAUGAAUCAAAUGCAUGAUUUAUUUAAAUGUUUUUAAGUCAAUUACUGAACUAAAGAGCAUGUGACUUGCAUCAGAAGCAUAAAGGCCAAGUUUUCUAAAUAACUAGAGAUCCUGAGUGCCUCAGUUUCUCAGUGCUGAACUUGACAUGGUAAAGGAUACUUACUUUUCUAAAGAAAGUGCUGAGAGCAAAUUUAAAGUUUCUCAAACUGGGCUUUGACUAACUAGUCACUUUGUAAAUCUUGGAUGUAGAUGAUGAAUUAUGAGGCAGAGGUGUUUUAAGAAGUAAGAGACUAUUGGAUGAAUUUGAUACUAUGAUCCACUCGUGCAGAGGCUUAAGCUUAUAUGUAACACUGCAUAUUCAGUAAAGCUUCUUACUGUAUGGAAGUCUCUAUAGAUUGGAUCUUCUGGCUAUUGAAGUUGCUUGAACCAAGUUAAAAAAGCCCUCAACAUCCAAGGGUUACUUCUUUUUGCUGGUGCAAACUACUGCACUUGGCUUACUUACUAAUUGACAGACUUCACAUGCAUUAGUAUUAUGACAUUUUGUAAUCGAAUUCAGUAAUUGGUUACAGUAGGGGUGUCAAACAGAUGGCCCACAGGUGGAAUUCAGCCCACAGAGCCAGGUCAUCUGGUCCACAGACUUUUUGUCCCAAUCCUGGCUGUGAUAAGCGACCUUCCUAGUGCAGCAGCCAGCCACCCAGGCAGCAGCCACUGGGAUCAAGCCCAGUAUUGUGGCUGAUUCCUGUCAGCAGCCAAGCACCCAUGAUACCAGGUUUCUUUCUGCAGUGCUGCUGGGACUCCAGUGUUGCGGCUUGUGGCCAGGCACUUGAUUGUAGCUGUGGGAAGAAGCAGCAGUGCCAGACUUCACACGGUGCUGCUGGGGCACCUGCUUGGCUGCCAGGCACAUGAGUGAAAAUAGUAGCAGUGGAGGUCCAGCAGCACCACAGCUUGUUUCUGUGGCAGUAGCAAAGUACCUAGGAUGCCAGGCUCUUUCUCCACUGGGUCCCUGAUUGGCUAUAGCAGGUGCCACAUGUUGUGUCUUGUCCUGGACCAACCAGAGUGGGCACUGUGUACUAGAUCUCAUGUGCAGGGCAAGGGGAAUACAUGGGCCUGACCCAGCCAAGAGGGUUGGUCCCACACCAUUCAUCCAGCCUGUGGACUGGUCCCAAACUGCUUAUCUGGCCUGCGGGGCCAGAUGACUUUUAUACCCCUGGGUUACAAGAAUCUAAAAUGUUUUAACCUAAAUUUCUGUUUUUUAAGUUACUGUAACAAAUAGUAACCUACGCAUUUUUAAGGUGGGAGGGAGCUGAAAACAAGAGUACUAUGCAAACUUGCCUACAGGUUCUUACUUGCAGCUAAAUUUAAUAAAGAAACCUGCAUCUAAAAACUUCAGUAGUGAAAUUGAUCUGUGAAGAAUCAAACAAAACAACCUUUUACCACCUUUUGUCAAAUGACCAUAAUUUAAUCACUAGUGCCAUAACUAGUCAACAUCAUAUGCCUUUUCUUGAUCAGUUUUCAACUUAGUUUAGGUUUGAGAGUUGAACCAAAAAUGUUUCUCUUCCAUUCCAUGUAGCUUCUAAUUACUGUUUUAAAUUCAGACUUAAUCAUAACAUUACACAAGCUAUAUUUUUCUGUAGGGUGUUUAUGUGCAAUUUAAGUAAUUUAAUAUUUUACUAAAAUAUAAUUAAACUGUAAGGUUGUUUGCUGUGAAAAACUCUAGGCACUUUUAAAUGGUAACAAUGUAUAGGAUUAUUUUUAAAACAUUCCAUCUUGUGCUUGUUCAUAAGUACUUUUUGUGCUGAAACUGUAAACUAAUUUUCGUAUUUUGUAUUUCUCAAAAUAAAUGGAGGACCAAGGAAGCA